CUUUGCAAAAAUGAUGGAGAGUCUCAGAGAGAAGGGAGGCAUGGGCACCUCUGUAAAGACGGCAUGAAGAAGGAGUUUGCAUGUGUAGGGACUACCGCCCGCCGGUGUCCAAGGUGGCAGGCACCUGGGGAGGCACAGCCAGAAGCCACAUGCCUGAACUUGCCAGUUCUGGAUAAACAAUGAAAGGAGCCAGGCAGCAGGGGCCCCACACUGGACAGGGAGGAGUAUGGGGGAUCCCAGCCAAUAGGCUGGCCUCCCACUGCCCCAUGAAAGAGCCAUUCAGUCCCAGCCGUUCCUGUGGCAACAGGGAGACUCGAAGCCAUGUGAGAGCUGCCCUUCCGGUCCCUGUCUUAUGCAGCAAGGCCACAGCCAGAUUCCCCAACCGAAGCUCCUGCCCACGGUGCAGUCAGUAGCCCCAGGGACAGCAGGACCAGCCCAUGAGGCCCCCAGUACCCACUGAGUACCACCCUGAAGGAUGUCCCAGCUCUCCUCCACCCUGAAGCGCUAUACAGAAUCGUCCCGCUACACAGAUGCCCCUUAUGCCAAAUCGGGCUAUGGCACCUACACCCCCUCUUCCUAUGGGGCCAACCUGGCUGCCUCCUUCCUGGAGAAGGAAAAGCUUGGUUUCAAGCCGGUCUCCCCCACCAGCUUCCUCCCAAGGCCCCGAACCUACGGCCCCUCCUCCAUCCUGGACUAUGACAGGGGCCGCCCCCUGCUGAGACCUGACAACAUCGGGGCUAGUAAGCGGGCUGAGAGCCAGACCCGUGGCAAUGAAAGGCCUUCAGGCAGUGGACUCAACGGAGGCAGUGGAUUCCCUUAUGGAGUGACCAGCAACUCACUCAGCUACCUGCCUACGAGUCCCCGAGACCAGGGGGUGACCCUGAGCCAGAGGAAAUCGAACAGCCAAUCAGACCUGGCCCGGGAUUUCUCCAGUCUCCGAACCUCAGAUAGCUACAGGACUUCAGACAGCUACCGGAUAGACCCCGGGAACCUGGGCCGCAGCCCUAUGCUGGCCCGCACACGUAAGGAGCUCUGUGCCCUGCAGGGCCUCUACCAAGCAGCCAGCCGCUCUGAGUACCUAACAGACUAUCUGGACAACUGUGGCCGAAAGGGCAGUGCACCACAAGUGCUCACUCAAGCCCCUCCCUCCCGAGUCCCUGAAGUCCUCAGUCCCACCUACCGACCAAGUGGCCGUUACACACUGUGGGAGAAGAGCAAGGGCCAGGCCUCUGGGCCCAGCCGCUCCAGUUCUCCAGGGCGAGACACCAUGAAUUCAAAGAGUGCCCAGGGUCUGGCUGGUCUUCGAAACCUUGGGAACACGUGCUUCAUGAACUCAAUUCUUCAGUGCCUGAGCAACACCCGAGAGUUGAGAGAUUACUGCCUCCAGAGGCAGUACAUGCGGGACCUCGGCCACACCAGCAACGCGCACACAGCCCUCAUGGAAGAGUUUGCAAAACUAAUCCAGACCAUCUGGACGUCAUCCCCCAAUGACGUGGUGAGCCCAUCUGAGUUCAAGACCCAGAUCCAGAGAUACGCACCACGCUUCGUUGGCUAUAAUCAGCAGGAUGCUCAGGAGUUCCUUCGCUUCCUCCUGGACGGGCUCCACAAUGAGGUGAACCGGGUGACAGUGAGGCCCAAGGCCAGCCCUGAGAACCUUGACCAUCUCCCUGAUGAUGAAAAAGGGCGACAGAUGUGGAGGAAGUAUCUGGAAAGGGAAGACAGUCGGAUUGGGGACCUCUUUGUAGGGCAGCUGAAGAGCUCCCUGACGUGCACCGACUGUGGCUACUGCUCUACAGUCUACGAUCCCUUCUGGGACCUCUCACUGCCCAUCGCAAAGAGAGGUUAUCCUGAGGUGACAUUAAUGGACUGUAUGAGGCUCUUCACCAAAGAGGAUGUGUUGGAUGGGGACGAGAAGCCAACGUGCUGCCGCUGCCGAGCCAGAAAGCGAUGUAUAAAGAAGUUCUCUGUCCAGCGGUUCCCAAAGAUCUUGGUGCUCCACCUGAAGCGGUUCUCGGAAUCCAGGAUACGAACCAGCAAGCUCACAACAUUUGUGAAUUUCCCACUAAGAGACCUGGACCUGAGAGAAUUUGCUUCAGAAAACACCAACCAUGCUGUUUACAACCUCUAUGCUGUGUCCAACCACUCCGGAACCACCAUGGGCGGCCACUAUACAGCCUACUGCCGAAGUCCGGCAACAGGCGAGUGGCACACUUUCAAUGACUCCAGUGUCACACCGAUGUCCUCCAGCCAAGUGCGCACCAGCGACGCCUACUUGCUCUUCUAUGAACUGGCCAGUCCACCCUCCCGUAUGUAGCACUGAGGAGCUACAGCCCUUCCCUCUUCCCUGUGGUGGCCCCACGUCCUAAGUUUUUUAAAAAUUCAGAAAAAAAAAACCACUAAAAAACAACAACAAAGUCCUGACAAGUAAGAGAAAAAUAAACAUAAAAUAAAGCUGCCGAGCAGAAGUUGAUACAGCCUGGUCAGGGUCUGGAGCCAGGAGCCCAGAGCCCCUGAGCCACGGCCUGUCGGGAAAGACGGACUGAUGCAGACACAGUCAGCGGUGUUCCUCCACCCCUCUGCUUCUCUUGUUUGCAUUCUUAAGCCUGUGGUUUUUUG